AUGCUGUUUAUGUUCAGAAAUGGCAAGGGGAUCUGGAGAUUAAGAUGGAAACUACUCAUGGUAUUCGCUAUAGUGAUUGUAUUGGUGAAGUCUAUAUCCACGAUAAGGUCCAAUUCUCAAAAUGACCUCCAAACAAGCUCUUCAUCAUCAAGAGUUGAUAAGGAACAGCCUGAAAACCAGCAAAUAGAUACAAAAGAUAAUGAAAAGGAAGCUAGGAUUAAUUGGAGCCCUCAUGGUAAGAUCAAUAUCAAUAAUGAAGAUGCUGCUGGUGUGAAACCUGACGAGAAAGCUGAAGCUGAUAAGAUAAAGGCUCCUGAUGUGCCUGUUUAUAAUGAUGAUGGGGAUUAUCCACUACCAAAAUAUGACAAAAUUCUUAAUGAAAAGGAAGGAUGA